CUCCGUCGAUAAAAUAUAUAUAAAAUAAAAAGAAAUAUAGUCGUCAUUCAUUACAAGGUCCAGAAAAUUAAAAAGAAAAAUCCGUCUUUAUUAUUUUUCCUCUGACUGUCCGUUUUCUCUUCGCUUCUCAUCUGUAUCUCUGAAUUCGUAGUUUUCAAGACAGAAACUCCACCGUUGUAUGUCGCUUCUCUGCGACUACUACAAUGGACAAUAAACCACAAGGUAGUAGUCCUCCACCAAAACCUUGGGAAAGAGCUGGAUCGACAUCUUCUGGCCCCCCACCUUUUAAACCCCCAACACCUGGUAGCACAAGUGAUGUUGUUGAGGCUUCAGGUACUUCAAGACCUGGAGAAAUUGUAACAGCAGCUGAUAAAAGUGCCGCCGUAAGCAGAACACCUCUAGCAAGGCCAGUGCCCUCAAGGCCUUGGGAGCCAAACACUGGAAUGAACACCUAUGGAACUGGAGUUGGAGGGUAUAAUUCGGGUCAAACUUACGGCUCUGGAUAUGGCACAUCCGGCAUGUAUGGUGGUGGAUUAGGAACAACAUAUGGUGGAUUAGGAGGUGGGUUAGGAUCAACUUAUGGUGGUGGAAUGUAUGGUGGUAGUAGUAUGUAUAAUAGAGGUGGGUAUGGCGGUGGCCUGUACGGAUCAGGUGGUGGAAUGUAUGGAGGUGGUGGAAUGUACGGUGGUGGUUUAGGGGGUCAAAUGGGUGGUUAUGGGAUGGGGGGGAUGGGCAUGGGCGGCAUGGGUGGUCCGUAUGGGGAUCAAGAUCCAAAUAAUCCGUAUGGCGGUGCUCCUCCUCAACCCCCUAGCUUCUGGAUUUCUUUCCUACGAGUGAUGCAAGGUGUGGUGACAUUUUUUGGGCGGAUUUCCAUCCUCAUAGAUCAAAACACCCAGGCAUUCCAUUUGUUCAUGUCUGCUCUUCUUCAGCUAUUUGAUCGAUCUGGUGUAUUAUAUGGCGAGCUUGCAAGGUUUGUAUUAAGAGUUCUCGGGAUUAGAACGAAGCCCCGCAAAGUUCAUCCUCCAGGUCCAGAUGGACUUCCUGUCCCUGGCCCAUACAAUCAAGGAAACGGUGGUGGCCAACAUUACAUUGAAGGACCAAAGGCUGUUCCAAAUGGUGGGAACUGGGACAAUGUGUGGGGAAACUGAUUCAAACAGAGAAAUGUGAUUGAUACUGCUCUCGGCCUCAAAUAUUCAGCUACAGAAUUGAAUGCAAGAUGAAAAGGUGUUAGAAGAUGGGUACAACUUGUACUGCUCCGUGUUUGCAUCAAAAGAUUGGAUCGACAUGGAGAUAAUUACAAGUGAAAGAAACAAAAUCUCAAGUCCUUUUCUUUUUCCCUCCGCUUUUCUUGGUCUCUCGAUUUCUCUCUUUUGUUGAGCUUCGAAAAUGUGAUGUAACAUAGAAGAUACCAACUCUUAUGGAUUGGGGGCUUGUGUGUGUGUUGGUAUUCAAUGAUCAAAAUGGAAGUAAUAAAAAAUCAGUAGCAUGGGAAAGGUGAUGUCUUCUUAGCUUAUUAUACAUUAUUAUUCGAG